AUGUCUCUGGGGAGGUUACCGACCUAUAUGGGUCUCAUCACUGCUACAACAACCAAUUUCCUAAUAUCGGUUCCACCCAGAAACACUAGAAGACACAUGUGGCGAAUAGAAGAGAUUCGAGAGGAUAAAGAUCUGGUUGUUGUUGAUGAGUCCAUCGUUGUUAACAACAAACCAAAGAAAAGGAGACAUAGUGGUAGAUCGAAGAAGGAGAAAUCGAUUUCUUUCUGUUUCAUUCCAUCCCCAAGUAAGAAAAAACAAAUUUAUCUUGCUUCACUUCAGGUUCUGAUCUAG